AUGGAUUCAGUGCUUCAAUUGAAAUAUAACGACUACAAAAACACUUUGGAAGAACUACAGUCUAAGAUUAUCGAGCUAGGUCGUGAUAAGGAUGAACAUGAGGUAGUUCUUCGGACACUUAACGAAACAGAACCUGAGAGAAAAUGUUAUAGAAUGAUUGGAAGCGCAUUAGUAGAUACAGAUGUAAAGUCAACGAUACCAGUACUUCAAACAAAAAGAGAUAAUUUGGAACAAACUAUUAACUCUUUGAAGAACCAGUUGAUUACCACUGCUCAAGAAUUUGAGAAGUGGAAGAAGGACAACAAGAUUCAAGUUGUCAGACAAUAA